AUGCUGCGUUACGGUGGCUAUGAGAGGCAAACUGGCGGAUAUAUAUCUGGCGCAUUUCUGGACAUGCUCCCUUCACGGACACAGUUCGUCACUGCAGGCACAGCAUUCUCAGUGUUAUCAGACAGCAAUUUGAUUACGAUAAUUGGUGACGAGAAGACGAAGGACACAGCUGUGUUCGAUAACUUCUACGAAAUUGUAUGGGCACCUAUAUCGUAUCUGGACGAAGUAAUGUACUAUGCAGCGUCGUCUGUACCAUCCGGCUAUCAUAACUUAUAUUCAGAAGGCGAUUAUAUCGUGUUCGUUACCGGCACCAUCGAUGGUGUUGCAUACAGUCAAAAAUGGCAGCCGAUGCCAGUGCCACGAACAACAACUCCCAGUCCACAGUGUUAUUUCGUCAUUCCGUUCAGCAGCGAAAGAGAGACAGCUGAGCAGAGUGCUUCCAUUACAAUAAUCAAUCCAGGAGAUUUGUGGAACAAUGUUACUAUACGCUACUUGGAUGGCAAGGAAACUCAUCGCACUGUACUGUAUCUGACUCCGCUUUCCUCACGAACGGUGGAAAUACCUAGCUCGGCACUGAGCUUCUGCAAGAACACUGGCACAGGAUUUGCUGUCUGCCCAGAUACUCGCAUUAACGUCAGCUCUCUGUACGCCAUCUCCCUCUUCGUUAACAGUUAUAGCUUGAAUAUGUCUGGUGACAGUUUUCUGGGUAAGUACGAUUCUAUUGGUUGCAUUUUGAUUAGCAAACAUUCGGGAAGUUUUAUUUUUUGCUUUUUCUGA